AUGGGAUCGACCGGGCAUUCAGAGCUGCUCCGGCUAGCCGAGAGCGUCCUGCAGGCCACAACGACCAUUGUGCACCAUCUGCAAGAUACCAAUCAGCAGGAACCCUCGUUCGAUCAAAACAGCGUCGCCAUCCAGGGCAGCGACGGAUCCGAAGCCGCGCGGAUCCUGCUCAACGACGCAGCCCGCAGCCUCACGCGGCUCGUGAACGGGCCGGUGAACGAGUUCCGCUCCUUCUUCAUGACGCAGUACGACCUGGCGGCGUGGCAGGCCGCGCUCGAGUUCGGUCUGUUCGGCCACGUGCCGCUGAUGAUAAUAAUGAUGAUGAUAUUAUUUAACGCCCGUUACGUCCAUCUUGUAGCAUAA